CAGAUUCUUGGCUGCCCAAUACGUCAUGUUUAUGGCGUGCCAAUAAAUACCACUCUUGGCCAGCGGCGCUGUACUGUUGCUGGGGUCUGGCCGGUCUUGUAAGAUCUGCGGAGCAGGACGUUCAUGAUGCCUGAGCUGCUUUCGAAAAGCGUCGGUAUGUCUGUGAAAGACUCUAAGAAGCCAGUGACUAGGGCGCAGAAGGAGGACAACAAGAAGUGCAAGCGCAGCCGCAAGGAGAGCUACGCGGUGUACGUGUACAAGGUACUGAAGCAGGUGCACCCGGACACGGGCAUCUCGUCCAAGGCCAUGGGCAUCAUGAAUUCGUUCGUCAACGACAUUUUUGAGCGCAUCGCGGGCGAGGCGUCGCGCCUGGCGCAUUACAACAAGCGCUCGACCAUCACGUCCCGGGAGAUCCAGACGGCCGUGCGCCUGCUGCUGCCCGGGGAGCUGGCCAAGCAGGCCCUGUCUGAGGGCACCAAGGCCAUCACCAAGUACAUAAGCUCCAAGUGA